UACCAUUAAUAAGGAAAGCUGAGCAAUACUGACCAGAGAAGAAUAUUGGAACACUUCCUCUUUUCACUAGGCAGCCUAAGCUUUUUCCUUACUCCUAAGGAAAAAAUACCAUGUGCCAUGAUUUGCAGAAGUGAGAUUGUCAGACUCGAGCAAAGCAUACAUAGAUAACCACUUCAGAAACCUUGGGACUGUUUAAUUCGUUUUAAAGAAGUUUGCUUACAAUUUUCUUUACCCCUUGCAGUAAUACCAUGUAACAAGUAAUCAAUUUUCUUUGUGUACAAGUGGUUUUAUAAUGAAGCAUUACAAUGAGAAGGUAAAAUCCGGGGUGUUGCCAAGUUGGCCUUGUAAAGAAUUUCUUACUCUGAAAGAGCAGAUCUGUAAGGAGCUGAUGGGAUUGCAAAUUCAAGUAGCUCAAAUCUACAUAAGGAAAUUAGCACCUUGGAUUACAGUACUGGUCAGAGAAAAAGUGAUUCUUUUUACAGUGGAUUAGCUAGAGUUGCCCUAAGAAAACACACAAAGAUAACAAUUAAAAACCCAAUUUUCUUCAACUGUUACAUUAUCCAUAGAUAUUAAAAUGCCAGGACAUUGAACAGCCAAGUACAAAUAAGUUAAUGUCUUUAAAUUGGGGGUAUCUGCUGUAUGAGUUACUUACGUCUUUGAUUUUCAAAACAAUAGAAAAAAAGCAAUAUUAAUUAAGAUGUAGUGGGAAUUGAAAACCUAAUCUUCCUUAAAUUUGUUUCACAUAAUCUAAAGAGAUAGUCGUGUUUAUCACUGCUCAGUAAUGCAUAGUUCUUUAUUUCUUUUAUGGGUUUAUAACAGGUUUAAUUUAAUCCACAUUAUUGUACUUGUACUGACUAAAUAUUCGUCACAAAUACUUCUGUGGCGCUUCUUUCAUACAUCCUCAUUAGUACAUACUGACAUUUACAUACAUGCCUAAAACAAUACUGAGGAACACUGCAUAAGCGAUACAUGAAGUCCAAGAUCCCAUUAAAAGUAACCUGGAUGUGAGUAUGACAGUCUGCUCCAUCACGUUCCAGGCGUUCUGCUCCUGACUCAAGGCCCAGCUUUUCCCUCAGCUUUGUGAUUCCAAGGACGUGGGGAAGGGGCAGAGACAGAACACCUGUGGGAAGGCUGUACCGAAUCUAUGGGAGUGCCUGGCUACAUCAAGUCCAACUAAUUCUCUCUUUAUUUAGGCAAACAUUGUUAGUGCUUCUGAAGCACUGACAGCACUGAGGUGAUAAAUAACGUAAGCAAUACGCACAGAGGAUCAGACAGCUGCUCGAAAGAAGUGUCUUCAUGAAACCCUGUUUAUUUCUGUUGUCAGGUAAGGAAGAGAAGGCAAUUGCAAAUUCACUUAAGGAUCCAAAGAGAACUUAUUGCAGGCAUGAUCAUUUCAAGGAAGUAUCUCCAUUCUUCCUUCUUGCAGUUGCAGAAGUUCAGCGCUGAGCCGCUUCUCUCCUCACACCUUUCUUCACGCGAGAAAGGCUUUGAAGGAGAGUAAAGCAAUCCUUCGUGAGGUAUAAAGGAACAGGAAGCGAUGUGGACAAAACCGCACUGAUGGCAACGGAGCAAAGGGCCGGACAUUAGGGAAUCAUCCUCAAUUCACAGUAGUUGUACAUAAAUAGCCUGACACGUUAAAUGUCACAGAUAGAAGCGUUAACGAAACGCGGAGCAUUUGCAGCAGAACAAACACGAGACGCAACGCGGCAGCCAGCAGCGCAGGGCAGCCGCCGCGCCGAAGCCAUCCCGUAUUUCACAAGCCGCGGGCAAAUCCGAUUACCGGGAUUAGCGCAGCAAAAUGGCGGCGGCGCCCUCCCGCCUCGCGCCGGCGGGUCCCGCGCUGCAGGCCGCGCGCCGCUAGAGCCGGCACCUGUCAGUCCGCAGCGGCGGGUCGCGCCGCCACCGCUCCGCGCCGCCGCCGCCCGCCCCCCGCCCUGGAAGACCCCGCAGGCGUGGUUCUAAUCGCCAUGUAGCUCAAAACAGUGAGUUGUUCUGCAUUCCGCCGUGACGUUAGCGCUUAAUCGUUUCUGUCGGUGCUAUGAGAAACCAUGCUCUGAGUUAACGCGCGUCGCUGCUUUAGCUCGAGAUGCGAUCUAGUCCGAGUGCGGCUAUUGCCCGUAAACAGGAAGCGUCUUCGAGCUGUCUGCAGCUGACGGGCUGCCGAGCGUUUGAUGUUUCAGGAGGCUGUUUCAAGACAGACAAGUGUACUGACGUGAAGCUGCCCCGUCGCGAGCUGGUAUCGCGUGUACCUGGUAGGGACCGGCGGGCCGAGCCCUGAGCUGCAGCCGCCGCAGCCUUUUGCUCGCGGCCGCUUUAACCAGAAGAGGGCCCGGGGCUUCUCCUGCGCGCGGCCAGCUCCACCGUGUGGGCAGCGCGGAGCCCCGCGGGCAGAGCGGCGCCGGCUGCUCGUUCCGGGCCGGGCGCGGGCGGCCGUCCUGCCGCGGGGACGGGGUUCCCCCUCGGCUCUUACGGUGACGGCCAUAACUGCAGGAGAAGCGCAAGGCUUCUCUGGGCGCUCGUGAAGCUUUAAGGCUGUUUUCGCUCCGAGGAGAAGCUGUCACAACACGUCUGGACUGGGAGUUGAGGGAAUGCGUUAGGGAUGUAAUAACGACGAAGAGUUAGAAGGCCUUCGGAGCGGUUCCGGUGGCUGUGGAAACCUGCUCGUGCUCACGGUGCUGUACCCGAAGGUGCUCCCCUCCUGCUGUCCGAAUAACGAGGCUGAGGGAAGAAGCAGGCAGAAAAACUCAUCUGCAGUCUGGAGCACUUGCGAGGCUGCAACGUAUAGAAGGAGGAAGUAUGACAGGUUACAGCGAUGGAGUGAUUUCUUGCUCUCUGUGGCAUAUAUAUAAGUGGUGUUUUUGAGAAUUUGGAAUUUGAUUUUUCUGAAGUCUGUGCAUUGAAAAUUCUCAACUGUUGAACUGUCGUAGGAGUUUUGGCUGUUCACAUGGGCAGUACCUCCCUGCUGGAAACACCGGCUAUGUUGUAAGAUGACAGUCAUGUCCCAUUCAAAGGAUCUCAAGGACGACUUCCAUAGUGACACUGUACUUUCCAUUUUAAAUGAACAGCGCAUUAGGGGUAUUUUAUGUGAUGUCACCAUAAUUGUGGAAGACACCAAAUUUAAAGCCCACAGUAAUGUGCUAGCAGCUUCAAGUCUUUACUUUAAAAACAUAUUUUGGAGUCGUACUAUCUGUAUUUCAGGUCAUGUACUGGAAUUAGAUGAUCUCAAAGCUGAAGUCUUUACAGAAAUACUGAACUACAUCUACAGUUCCACAGUGGUUGUUAAGAGACAGGAGACUGUAACAGACCUUGCAGCUGCAGGGAAAAAACUGGGAAUAUCAUUUCUUGAAGAUCUUACAGAUGUUAACUUUUCAAGCUCCCCCUGCCCUUAUGCAUACUGUGUAAGUGAGAAAGGGACUGUCAAAGAGGAAAAACAUGAAAAGAGACACGAAGACUCCGCUGUGACAAAUGGACCACGAAUUACAAAUGCAUUCUCAAUUUUUGAAACUGAAAAUAGUUUGUUUUCUCCACUUGAUUUGAGGGCAAACUUUAAAAAAGUAUCUGAGACAAUACAAACCCCCAACGUCAGCCUUGACAGAAGCAACACUUGCAAAGAUGCAGAGCCAGCCAGUACGUUGGCAGAGCACUCCUACGCUGUUUCUUCAGGGGGGGAUACUUUUCAAGGAACGCCUCACUUUGAACAGGAAAGCAGCUCUUCGUACAGUGCAGCUGAAGACCACUAUGAAAAUGUCCGAGCUACGCCACUCAUUCAGCCAGUAAAACAAGCAUGUAGUACUACUCCAAAAGCGGCCUUCAAGCCCCAGGGUACCAGUUUGGCUAUAGCAAAAGCACCAGCUUCUACGGUAGCCAAUGCAGAAGCCCAGCCUGAAACCGUUAAUGAUCAGAGGAUUAUUUCCAUUCCAAAACCUCAGAAUAAAGCAGGAGAUCUCCAUUUGUCCAGAGAAGAAGAAAACGCAUCUGCUAAUAUCUCUGGGUCUGUGACAACUGUUGUUCCACCUGCUUACAGCUGUAACUGCUGUGCAAAAUCGUUCAGUGACAGGGCGUUACUCAGUACUCAUCUUCAACUCCAUUCAGAGCAUCAGGAAACUUUCAUAUGCAAAUACUGCAGCAAACAAUUUGCAAAUCUAAAUAUACUGGAAAGUCAUGAACAAGUCUGCAUGAGAUCAAGUAGCUUAUCUGUUCACAGUGGGAAUGAACAAAAUUUUUCAGAUAAUUAUACUGCUACGGAUGGAAGGAAUGAGAGUUCAUAUGCAAACACAGAGCCUCUAUUGUCUGAAAACAGCAUAACUGAUUAUUCUAAUGCAAACUGUGCUUUACCAGAAACGGAUCACUUGGUUAAAGUUGUUGAUGGGCAGAUAUUAUAUACUUGCAUAGUUUGCAAACGUAGUUAUGUAACGUUGUCGAGCCUUCGAAGACAUGCAAACGUUCAUUCAUGGAGAAGAACAUACCCGUGCCACUACUGCAACAAAGUAUUUGCAUUAGCUGAGUAUCGCACAAGACAUGAGAUCUGGCACACUGGAGAAAGGCGGUAUCAGUGCAUUUUCUGCCUAGAGACUUUCAUGACUUAUUAUAUACUAAAAAAUCAUCAGAAGUCUUUCCAUGCAAUUGACCAUCGUCUCUCAGUAAGUAAGAAGACAGCCAAUGGAGGCUUAAAACCAAGUGUGUACCCAUACAAACUUUACCGCCUUCUGCCCAUGAAGUGCAGGCGACUACCUUAUAAGUCCUACCGAAAUUCUACGUAUGAAAAUGUUCAAACAAGUAGCCAAGUUAAUGAAACUGCUUCUAGUAACUGCUUCCUUCAGAGCUCUCUUAGUUCUGAGCUACCACCGCUGAAUUUUCAAAGUAAUAUAUUAUCAAACAACAGAACUCUUGUCUUGGACACUUCUUCAUGUAAUGAUACGGCAUCUUCCACAAAUCCUCAGAACUCUUCCUCUUGGGGAGUAGGUAUCUUAAAUUCUGACCUGCAAAGAGACUUCUUCACAGCUGACAAAAGAGUUCCCACUGCUACAAAAGACUCUGGUUCUCAUGAGUAUGAUUCCUCAGUUGUGUCUUUAACUAAUGUGAACGAAAAUUCAACCUCUGUAAUCAGUUACAGCAGUUCUGCACCCUCUGUUAUAAUGCACAGUAGCAGAGUUUCAUCAGUAAUAAUGCACAGUAAAACAAUCACUUCUGUAGAAAACAGUAAAACAGAUUCUUCUAAUACUGUACCUAGUCAGCCUGUAAGUGAUGAUUGUAAGUAUGGGUCGGAUAAUUAUGGAAAAUGUAUUACAAAAUCAAAACCUAUUAAGGAGAAAAAGAAAGCACUGCUGUGCAACAGAGCAGAAGCAGCUGAGGAUACGCAGCACGUCCAAGGAACUGGAGGUUCAUCUAGCAAAACCACUAAUACUGCUGAAGAGUCGAGUAAAACUGAGACUUAUAUUGCAAAGCCUGCCUUACCUGGAACAUCUACUGACAGUAACGUUGCUCCUCUUUGUCAGAUAACAGUAAAAAUCGGUAAUGAGGCUAUUGUAAAAAGGCAUAUAUUAGGAUCUAAGCUGUUUUGUAAAAGGGGAAGAAAAUCUAAACACGAGUCCAAACAGGACAAUCUAAAUGAGGAAUCAGAAACAGAGGUAAAAGAGAAAAGCCCAUCUAGGCUCUAUAGCUCAGAAUGCCUGGAGCUGACAGAAAUGUGUGAUGAUGUAAGUGAUCAGGAUUCCAGUGAUAAACCCUGGAGACCAUACUACAAUUACAAACCGAAAAAGAAAUCUAAACAGCUAAGAAAAAUGAAGAAGACCAAAUGGAGGAAAAAGCACGGAAACAGGAACACCAUUAUGGAAAGUCACAGUCCGUGCAGUCGAGAGUAUGCACUCAGGAGUGCUCCUGAAGACAAGGCAAUUAGUCAAGAAGAGAACACAGAAAUGCCCAGUCUUCAUUGUGAGCUCUGUGAAGGAGAUCAGAACUCCACUACAGAAACUCAAGAACAUGUACAUUGGCAUGUAUCUACUCCAAAGCCUUACAUUUGUGAAUUAUGCCAAAAACAAUUUCAAAGUCCAUCCACCUUAAAAAUGCACAUGAGGUGUCACACAGGGGAAAAGCCCUUCACCUGCAAAACCUGUGGUAAAUGUUUUUCAGUUCCUGGAAAUUUACAGAAACAUGAACGUAUUCACCUGGGUGUCAAAGACUUUGUCUGCCAGUACUGUAAUAAGGCAUUCACUUUAAAUGAAACACUCAAAAUACAUGAAAGAAUUCAUACUGGAGAAAAACGCUACCACUGUCAGUUCUGCUUACAGAGUUUCCUGUAUCUUUCCACCAAAAGGAACCAUGAGCAAAGGCACAUACGUGAGCAUAAUGGAAAAGGAUACGCGUGCUUUCAGUGCCCCAAAAUUUGCAAGACGGCAGCUGCUCUGGGAAUGCACCAGAAGAAACAUCUAUUCAAAAGUACGGGUCCACCAGAUAGAAAAGAACAGUUCUGCAACGAAAGUGCUCAGCUGUUGGAAAAUCAACAUUUCCUUGGCUCAGAAAGAAGCGAAGGGAAAACCAUACAAAAUGUAACUCCAGAAGUUACACUCUGAGUGACAGUUGUGCAAAAGAGAAGAAAAAUACAAAACUAUAUAUUGGAGAAAAUGUAGGUUCAUUGAAUGGGGAAAAUUCUCCGCAGAGGUAAUUUACGAAGAUUAAAUGUCUUCAUUUAAACACAUGUCAAUAUAUGCAAAGGAAAGAAAAAUAACGCUGAAAAGAAAAACUAGUAUUUGCAAUAAUACAAACUUAGUUUGAAAGACCCCAAAUAGUUUUGCCAGAAUAGACUUCUAGCAUAUGUGUAGAGAGGAAGAAGAAGAAGAAGAAGAAAAAAAAAGACCAACAAAACUGCUUCUACUUAAAGCUAGAAGAAACUAGCCACUGAACUGUUCUACAGUGCUGUUUUUCAGUCAGAAUCAUUCUGGACAAAAUGAAUAUAUAAGUUCAAAUUAUAUACUAUAGAAGGAAUUUUUGCUGCAGAAAUCAUGUCGCUUUUUUUUUUUUUUUUAAACAAAAAUUAAUGUGUUUAUAAACAAAUCGUGGUUUAGUGUAUUCUACAGUGAAGAUGGGCAAUGUUUCAUCAGUUUGGGUAUGCUGAAGUACAGUUGAGUUUUGGAGUGCUUUUCUGUAACUCAACAUUUACAAAACAUACACAGAAGUAUAAACCUUUUUUCCUUUCUGUUUUCAGUUUUGUAGUUACCAUAAUAUGCAUUAAGUCUCUGAAUGCUUGUGCAGAAAGUAUGCCAGAUUAGAGGCAUCUCUGAAACAUUUAAUAAAGAUUCAGUGCAAAUCAUAGUAGCCAGUCUUCCAAACGGCAGAAGUUCCAAAUGAUUGAACUGUAAAGUUAUUCAGGUCAUCUGUUGAAAGAAAGUUGUUCUCAUGAAGUAGUAUAGUUUGAAGAACUCUAUAAAGCAUCCACCUCCUUGUGAGUCUGAAACUCCUGUCUUUUAGAAAUAUCAUUCUUCUCAGCAGAAGGAGAGGAGAUAAGAGUCUUUUUCCACAUCCUGGUGUAAUGCCUGGACAACAAAUGACAGUGCAGCUCACAGAAAAUGCUUUGAUUUUUGGGAGGAAGAGGUAAAUCAGAUUCUUGCUUCCAGGUAUAUCCCUGGGGCAGUUUCCAUAUAUAACAGGGAUAGGGCCAAUCUGUGGGGUUCCUUGUCAUCCCUGUGCCUUAAAUGCAAUAUCAGUACUUUGUGUGUCUCAGCAUCUCACCCCAGGCAAGCUUCAUCUCAGUGUCCCUUGUCCAAGCACAGUAGGCCCAGAGCAGAGAAGUGCCAGCAUCAGGUUACUGGGAGAAGCCACGUUGGCCUUUCUGCUUCCCUUCUGCCACACCAAAAUGUCACGGUGAGCCUUCUGGCUGCACAGUUUGCAUUCACCAGGAAUCAGGAGGGUAAGCUUCUGAAAGAAGACAUCACUGAAAUUAACAGUACAGUUAAUCACAUUUUCACAAAAUAGUGUUAAUUUUAACCAAAAUGAAGAGGUUUAAAAAGUUGAAGAGGUUAAAUGUCUACCAGUUGCAUAUUAUAUCACAGGGCUCUGUUGUACUCUAUCUGCACUUCCAAUUUGUUAUGUAUGUUCAUUGUUACAAAGUGUUAAAAAUGUUUUAGGUCUGGACAAUGGUCAGUGAACCUCAAUUCUAUGUGCAAAUAUGGUACACAAUUUGUUUACUUGGUUUUCCAAAAUAUUCUAAAGGAAAUUAUAGCUUGGGUAUGAUAAAACUACAAUUGAAAUUAUAGUACAGUAUAGAUUGAAGUAAUAAUGUAGUCCACUUAUUUAUCCUGUCAUCGACGAACGCUGUGAACCCUUUGAGAAAUGUUUGGUUUCACAGCAGUUUUGGUUCCAUUUUCAAUUAGGAUAAUAGUAGGAUAAACACAGGAAAGUAUGAUGAUGUUUCAAAGAAAGUACACGAAGAUAUUUUCUAAGUGGACUUGUAUGAUGAUAAUUAUAGACCAAAGCAAAUAAGGUAGAAUAUUUAUACAUAUAAAGAUAAUUUUACAGAUAUUUUAUAUAACUGUAUAGUUCAUAAGAAAAAUAUUGAUAGCUUGUGUUAGGUUUGGGGGGGGGGGUUUGUAUAUUUU